GCGGUCCAUUCCGCACUCUCACUCACGCUCGAGACACGAGCGUUUCCCUCAAACUCUAGAGGCGUGGUCGCUACAAUAAUGAAUUCUCUAUUAAAAUACUUAUUGAUACUUCUGGGACUUAUCUCAGUGAUUAUCAACAUUGUGUUGAUAUGCUUAAAUUCACAUAGGCUUCCAAAAUGUAUGUCCCAGCCGCAAGAAUCCCUACAGGUCAAGCAUUCAGAUAAAAGUCUGGUUUUUGCGGAUCUGACAGCAGAGGAGUACAAGUCUGUUCGCGACUACAUGUGGGCCCAGAAAGACUUAAAAAUCUCUCAUUCGCUCACAGCAAAGCCCUCGGAGAAUUUUCUCUUUUUAAUUGACCUCUCGCUCCCACGGAAGGCUGAUGUGCUGCACUACUUGGAUGCCAACGGACAGAAGCCCACACGCGAGGCGAGCGUCGUGGUGUUCUAUGGCGAAGGAGGUUACCUGAAAGAGUAUGUGGUGGGACCGUUACCUGGUCCACAGCAGCAUCGAGACGUUACUCAGGAGAAGUACAACACGACGGAGUUACCCUUCACAGCCCGAACAGUGACAAUUGGGGAGUAUGUGCAGCUCUUCACGCUGCUUUCUCAAGCUUUCCAAAAACUUGAAAAACCUCUAAGGGAAAGUUUUGGUUAUAUCCCAAAUGAAAGGAAACUGCUGCCGUUUGAGGGUAUGCCGAGGGGCAUCAAAAGUGGUGACCGCAAGACCUGGGUCUCUUUUUUUCGUGAUUUCAGUGGCAUGUACAUCCAUCCUGUGGGUUUUGAGAUGCUGAUCAAUCACGAAAGCAGCAACACAUCAGAAUGGACGAUUGACAGGUUAUUGUACAACGGCCAAUAUUUCGACAGCACUGACACAUUUAUUACAGCUUACGAAGGGAGUAAAUUAAAAAAGAUAGUCUUCAAAGAUAUCAAAAACUACGCCUCGCUGAAGCCGAGGAAAAAACCUUCUGGUUUAGGACCACAGCAGUAUUAUCUUCAAGGUAAACGUUUCAGCGUUAAAAAAAACCAGGUGGUUUAUCUGGACUGGAGCUUUGCGUUUGGUUUGAGCUCUCUGACUGGGAUGAGGGUGUUUGAUAUUCGUUUUAAAGGAGAAAGGAUUGCGUACGAACUCAGCGUGCAGGAGGCGAUGUCUGUCUACGGUUCUCUUACGCCUGGGAUGAUGCUCACGAAGUUCCUCGACUCAAGUAUCGGAAUCGGUCGCUUCGCUCACGAGCUCGUGCGCGGGAUCGACUGUCCGUACGUUGCCACCUAUGUAGACACGUACCGCUAUAUUGACACGAACGUCACGCAGCGUUUCAGAAACUCCAUCUGUGUUUUUGAGCAUGACAUUGGGCGACCUCUGCGACGACACUUCUCAGAUUUCUUUCAUAAUGGUUUCGGUGGGAUGGCAAACAGUGCUCUGGUGUUCCGCACUAUUACUGCUAUAGGGAACUACGAUUACAUAUGGGACUUCAUUUUCUAUCAAAGCGGCUCCGUGGAGGCGAGAGUUCACGCCACGGGCUACAUAUCAUCCUCUUUUAAGGAUGACGGAAAUCUGCAGUACGGGCACCAGGUUGCAGAGAAUGUCCUUGGAAAUAUCCAUACGCAUUUUAUUAACUUUAAAGUCGACCUGGAUAUCUUAGGUGUGAAGAAUAUGUUUCAGACUAAAGACAUGAUAUAUAAGGAGGUGCCAUUGCCAUGGAUGCCUUCAGUGAAAGCAAAGAUACCACAACUGGUGGAGCAGAAAAUCAGGACAGAGAAAGAAGCAGCGAUGCUUCAUAGCGCCAAAACACCCCGUUACCUUCAUAUAGCCAGUAAUCGGACUAAUCGCUGGGGCCACCAGCGCUCAUACAGGCUUCAGGUGGUGAGCUUUGCUGGAGAUCACCUCCCUGAAAGUGAGUCUGUAGAGAGGUCCAUGUCCUGGGCUCGGUAUAAAGUUGCUAUAACCAAGCAUAAAGACAAAGAGCAGACUAGUAGUAGUCUAUACAGUCAGAAUUACAUGUGGUCCCCAUUUGUUGACUUCAGCAAAUAUAUUGAAGAUAACGAGGCGAUCGACAAUGAGGACUUGGUAGCCUGGGUGACCGCUGGUUUCCUACACAUUCCACAUGCAGAAGACAUUCCCAACACAGUUACAGUGGGCAAUGGUGGUGGUGUCAUCAUUAGACCGCACAACUAUUUCGAUGAAGAUCCGUCCGUCAACUCACCUGAUGGAGUGUAUUUUGCUCCAGGCUCUGAGAGUGACUGUGAGUACAACAAAAUGGCGUGUCUGGAAAAGGAUCAAUGCAGUUCCACACUGGAGCCAUUCACUUACCACGGCUUUGAAGGUGUUAUGAAGUUUGAGUAAGGACCUUAAUUUAGAUGUGUAUGCUGUUACAGUCUUGCUCAAACAUAUGCUGUAGUAUAUUCUUCAUACUCACUUUACACUGCUUAGUUGUUUUGUCAAGGUGUUUCCUGCUUUUGUAGUUUUUUUUUGUUUGUUUGUUUGUUUUUUGUAAAUAUGGAUAUUCUCUCCAUUUGUCACGUUACAUUUUUUUUGUGUUUGCUUAAUUGAUGCUUCCUUUCCUUGUUUUAAUUUAGACUAUUAAAUUAGCAUAUCAUUUAGGUUAAAUCUUUCCUUUCUUUAGGCAGUUUUUUUUUUUUUUUUGCAAACCUGUUUUAAAAGUAAUGUGAAAUGUUCAUUUUCAAACAGUGUAAACUUUUUCUAAGAGAGAUUUAAAAAAAAAAAUGAAAUAGACUGAUAAAACACCUCACUAAGCUCACUCUUAUUUUUAUAAAAAUGUUCAUCCAUGCAAUAAAAUGUAAAGGGUGACUAUACAGUA